AUGCCACCAAUCUUCCUCCUCCUCUUCCUCUUGUUCUCCACCGCCAUUGCCACCCACAACCGCCGUAGUCUGCACCAACCCUUUUUCCCAUUAGACUCCCACCCCCCAUCCCACCCCCCAUAUCCCUCACCCCCAGCACCCGAAAUCCCAUUUUCCAGUUCUACCCCUGAUCAACAACCCUUUUUCCCAACCUACCCCUCUCCACCACCACCGCCAUCUCCACCCCCCCCUGCCUCUUUCCCUGCUAACGUCUCCUCUCUCAACCUGCCCCAAUCCCAGAAAUCCAAACACAUUUCCUCUAAGCUCAUCGCCACAGCCGUCACCGUCGUUGUUGCUGCUGUAGUCGUCAUCGCCAUUGUCGUUUACCUACACAUUCGGAAGCGAAGACUCCGAUCUUCCACCGAUGACAAGACUUCUACAUCUAAUAGCGGCGGUCGUUUCAGCAAUGAUAAUGUUAGAACUGCCAAUGGGGUUCCAAAGUUGCAAAGACCUUCACAAAACAGCUCAGAGUUUCUCUAUCUUGGUACUCUGGUCAAUUCUCAGAGUGGCGUCGAAGGACAUGGUCCUCGGAAUGGUCGUAGUAGUGGUGGAGGAGACCAUGGAAAUCCUAGGAAAUUGGACUCACCGGAGCUCCGACCAUUGCCGCCGCUAAGUGGGCGUAGUUUUAGGCGGAAUUACGGCAAUGCUCGAGUGGGUGAAGAGGAAGACGAUGAGUUUUACUCUCCCAAAGGGUCUUUGACGGGUCGUGAGAGUUCUAUCGGCACUGGAUCGGCCUCUAGGAGAGUGUUUGCGGCUGUGGUGGUGGAGAAUUUUUCAAGGAGUGAUGGGUCUAGCUCUUCUUUAUAUUCGUCAUCAAGCUUCGGUUCGCCGGUAAGGUCAGUGUCCUUAAGCAUCUCUCCACCGGUGAGUUUGAGUCCGAAAAGUUCGAGGCCCAAGUCGCCGGAAUUAGCCCCAGUUCGGACUGCUCCUCCACCACCCGUAUCGCCUUUCGUGGGCUUAUUAGUUAAUAGGAAGGAAUCUGCGUCCCAAUCGCCGUCUUCUUCGUCAUCUCCGCUGAGAGAUUUAGGGAAAAGCCAGUAUUCAUCACCAAGAUUAUCAGAUGUUUCAAAUAAACAUUCACAUUCUCCACUUGGAGAUUUAAGAAAAAGCCAAGAAUCACCUCUCAGAAUAUCAAAUUCUUCUUCGCAGCCAAAUUCACAUUCUCCAGCGAGAGUGAGUUCUAUUGAGCAGAAUGUUCGGGUUCCUGUUCCAGCACCACCUAGUCCGGCUCUUUCGAUUCCGCCGCCACCACCACUGCCGCCAUUUAGGCACUGGGAAAGUCCAACAACUCCUACCCCACUUGUUCCUGAGCAAAUAUCUAAGCCACCAGUUCUGGUAACCCCUUUGAAACCUAUAGCUAUUCAAAGUCCAACAUUGAUAUCUCCGAUGGAAUUGCCUCUCAAUUCAGAAGAUGUUAUGAAAAAAGUGAUUGUUGGGAAUUCGGAGGAGGCUACGAAACCAAAAUUGAAGCCAUUGCAUUGGGAUAAAGUAAGAGCAAGUUCGGAUCGUGAAAUGGUGUGGGAUCAGCUAAAAUCGAGCUCAUUUAAGUUGAAUGAGGAGAUGAUUGAAACCUUGUUUAUUGUAAAUACUCCAAUUUCAAAUCCUAAGGAAACAACACGACGCCAAGUACUUCCUUCUCCGCCUGCAAGCCAAGAGAAUAGGGUUCUUGAUCCCAAGAAAUCACAGAACAUUGCAAUUCGGCUAAGGGCACUGAAUGUGACUAUAGAGGAAGUUUGUGAAGCCCUUUUGGACGGCAAUGUGGAUGCACUUGGAAUUGACUUUCUUGAGAGUUUAUUGAAGAUGGCUCCAACUAAAGAAGAAGAACGCAAGCUAAAGGAGUACAAAGAGGAUUCACCAUUCACUCCUGGUCCUGCUGAGAGGUUUUUGAAGGCAGUGCUUGAUAUACCUUUUGCAUUCAAAAGAGUGGAUGCAAUGCUAUACAUGUCCAACUUUGAGUUCGAGGUCGAGUACCUCAAAAAGUCAUUUGAAACUUUGGAGGCAGCAUGUGAAGAACUGAGGAACAGUAGGAUGUUUUUAAAGCUUCUAGAAGCUGUGCUAAAGACUGGUAACCGAAUGAAUGUUGGGACAAAUCGUGGGGAUGCUCAUGCCUUCAAGCUGGACACACUCCUCAAGCUUGUUGAUGUCAAGGGUGUCGAUGGGAAAACCACUCUCUUGCAUUUUGUUGUUCAGGAAAUAACAAGAAGCGAAGGGGCACGUCUUGCUACCCCCAACCAAAAUCCAACAUCCACGGUGAAUGACGAUGUUAAAUGUAGGAAGCUUGGUCUACAAGUUGUUUCUGGUCUUUGUAUGGAGCUCGUGAAUGUGAAGAAAGCUGCUGCCAUGGAUUCAGAAGUGCUUAAUUAUGAUGUCUUGAAGCUUUCUAAUGGAAUUGGGAACAUUGCUGAGGUUGCACGAUUAAAUAAAGCAAUGGGGUUAGAGGAAAGCAGCAUGAAAUUUUCCGAGUCAAUGAACAGGUUUAUGGAAAUGGCUGAGGAGGAGAUUAUAAGGAUUCAAGCCCACGAGAGCGUUGCUCUUUCUCUAGUUAAGGAGAUCACCGAAUACUUCCAUGGGAACUCAGCCAAGGAAGAAGCUCACCCUUUCAGAAUCUUCAUGGUGGUAAGAGACUUCCUAACAAUUCUUGAUCGGGUCUGCAAGGAAGUUGGAACGAUGAAUGAGCGAACCACAGUCAAUUCCGCCCAUAAAUUUCCAGUUCCAGUAAAUCCUACUCUGCAGCCAGUUUUUAGGGGAUUUCCUGGAAGACGACAGUGCAGCUCCUCUGAUGAUGAGAGCUCAUCUCCUUAACGGUUAUGGCUCACGUCAGGUGACAUUUUUGUUGCUAUUCUAAUCCUUGAUUUUGUUGGUUAGAAGCUCCUCCACGGAGGUGCCUGCCAAUAUUCAAACGUAUGCAUUCUUUAAUUUUGUAUCCAUAUAGAUCCAUAUAGAAGAUUUUGAAAAUCGUUUCAUCCUAUAGAUAUAUAUGCAGAGGUUAUUUUCUUUGG